AUGUCGAAAAUUACAGAUGUUCACCAGGUUGACGUUACCGAUGUUUUAAUGGGUGAUAGAUCUAUUGGUUUAUUCGGACAUUGCGAAAUCUGCGUCCGAGAUGCAAUGGGAACCCCUGAAAGUCGAAUCAAGAUCUACACAACUAAGGCAGAACUAGACGAGCACAAGGCAACCCACUCAAUGGAGUCCAUUAGAAGCCGUGCUAUUCGUCCUUGGCCUGCUUCAUUUGAUGGUUUCAAAUGUCCAGUCAAACCCUGUGAAUUCACUUCCACGCUUGCGGAUGGAUAUCUGGGCUUGUGGCGCCAUAUUGCUGGUGAGCAUGAACAUCAUUUUCGGGAGGCUUUGCUCUUGUAG